AUGUGCCGCCAGUCGACUGUCCCGAAGUUUGUCGUGAUCGAUGUCCCAUCCAUUGCAAAGAACGAUGCUCACGAUGACAUGGACAUGUCUAUUUCCUUCUCCUCAAGAUCAUUCUGCACCUGUGAAGCCAAGUCGAGGUGGAGUGUUUCCGCGUCAACUAAGUUGCCCAAGCAACCCUACAGGCUCCCUUGCAGUCUUCAUAAGCAUCAGGACGAAGCAAAGGUUUCGAUUCUCCAGACUGGGUUGAAUCAGUGCAGCAACCCUCCCCGUAUCCCCACUCGACGCGGCAGCCUAGUGCUCGCAGACAGCAGUUAUGGAGGCCCAAGGACUCGCAUGAACAAUGAUGCGGCCCUCGGACCAUGCCCAUCCUCGGCUCGGCUUUCGGCCACCCGUGAAGGCAACUAA